AUGAAGACCUCUAUCAUUAUCGCUACUGCCGCCGCUCUGCUGGUUGGCACCACCACCGCAGCCUCCCUCGAGCGCCGCGCCGAUCUCGUCGCGGCCGACAUCGUCGCCCAGAUCGCACCGUCAUCUAAAACCUGCGCCGACGCCCGGCAGUGCCGCACAAACGUGCAGGUCGGUACAGCCAUGGUUGAGGCCUUCCAAGCCUACGACAUCUACGAGCCCGUCGCUAUGGCCUCUAUCCUCGCCCUAAUCGCCCUCGAGUCCGUCGAGUUCAGGUAUAAGCGAAACCUCCAGUCUACUAACCCGGCCCAGGAGCAAGAAUUCCACUGGGGCCAGGGAACUUCUAACAUGCAGGUCUAUAAGUACAAUCUCGAGUUUGCGAAGUCAUUUAAAAAGCUUAAAGGCCAGGUUAUCCCUGGGGACACUAUGGAAGCUAAGAACAGGGUCCUCGACCUCGUCACCGCCGACGAAUAUAACUUCAGGUCCGGCCCUUGGUUCUACGCUAAACAGGCCGACUGUGCCCCCGCCCGCGAGGCCGCUAAGGGUGUUAAACCUAACGUUGACGAUGUCUACCAGGCGCAUAUGAAGUGCGUGGGCGUCGAUGCGAAUAACGACGAGCGUAGAAAGUACUGGGACGCCGCUAAGAAGGCCUUUAACCUGGCGUAA